AUGGAGGAGCAGUGGUGGAAAGGGGAGCUGGCAGCAGACGUCCACCAGACCUUGAGGACGAAGGAACUUAAGUUGCCUCUGUAUAAGGCUCAUUCACCACAGAUCGGGAUGCGCCGAUACUUCAUUGAUCUCUUGACUGUCCUCAGCAACUGUUUCAAUCUCUGCCCUACGGCCCGGCAUCUCGCUGUCUAUUUAUUGGACCUCUUUAUGGAUCGCUAUGAUAUCACUGUCAAGCAACUGCAUGUCACUUCGUUUGCCUGUCUUCUCCUAGCAAGUAAAUUUGAAGAAAAAGAAGAUAAAGUUCCAAAGUUGGAGCACUUAAAUAACCUGGCAUACAUGUGCAAUGUGAAUGUGGUAUUGAACAAGAAAGAUUUGCUUAGAAUGGAAAUGCUGCUUUUGGAAAACUUCAAUUGGAACCUCUGUCUACCAACACCAGCACACUACAUUGACUACUACCUCUGUGCGUCCAUUGGCGAGAAUGACCUUCACAAUGGCUGGCCGAUCACCUCACUGACCAAAAUCAAAACUUUUCUGGAGAAAUAUACAUAUUAUUUCCUUGAUUUCUCAGUGCAAGAUCACACUUUCCUCCAUUUUCGUCCGUCUCUGAUUGCUGCAGCUUGUGUGUGCGCCUCGCGUAUCUGUAUGCAGAUUUCUCCUGCCUGGACAACGCAGCUUGAAUUGCUAACAUGUUAUUCCUGGGAACAUCUUGCCCAAUGCAUUGAAAUGAUGCUCAUAUAUUAUCAGAAUGACAUCAAAGAAGCCAGUAACAUAAAAAAGCAAGUAACAAUUCAACAUCAAGAAGAGGAAGCAGUGGGAAAUCUGAGCAAUCAAGCCACUACUCAAGUUCUCUUCCAGCAAUCUAGUUACCACCCUUUAGCCCAGCAUUCCGCUACGCUUUCCCAGUUCCAGUCGCCAGUGCAAGAUCUGUGCUCUGCUUAUCGUGACUCCUUACAGGCCCACGGGCCCAGCGGUCUGCUUGCUGGGAGUGCUGACGGCUCGCUGCACUCCUACACAGCUCUUCAGGUCAGCCUUCGGCCACCUGCCCAGCCUGUGCCCAUCCAAAGGCCCAUUGCUGUGCAGGUGGCCUUACAAACAGAGCCCAGACACUGCGUUUCCCCAGCUUAUGGCAGUAGUUACUUCAGUGGUCAUCACUCAUAUGCAGCUGGGUGUUUUGAUGGAUAA